AUGGCGGGCUGCAGUUUGCUUGACAGACUCCUCAACAUGGCUGGGCGGCCCUCGUCAACCUACGAUGCCAUUUAUUCACAUCAGACAAGCGCCCCCUGUUGGCACGGAGGAACCAGGUAAGAAACACAUAAAAGAAAUUUGACUCUGGUAAACUUUUUACGGUGGCCGAGAACCGCCACUGCUGCAAAUAAAAAAUAAAAAAAAAAGUUAAAAAAACAGUCACAGCGGAAGUUACUGAUGAAAAAAAAAAGGAACCGAAGCUCGCUGCAAAUGUAAAAAAGAAACGUGCGGAUAAAAAAGACACAACGGAAGUUAAUGGCGCAAAAAAAAAGUGGCGAUGGAAAAAAAAGUUACUUACUGCAAAAAAAAAAGAUGCAAAUAAAAAAAAGCCACAACGGAAGUAAGCUGCCGGGGACCAAUAAUGAUGAUGCACCGGUGUUUUACAAUCUAGGCACAGAAGACAACGGCGAGAAGACAGGCAAAGAAGUUAGUGGAAAGGUUAUUGUUUAAUUUCGCAUUUUCAAAUGACUUUUUUUGAUUUGUUUGAUGCCCUUAUUAAUUUUCUGAUGUUAAGGUAGCUAUUGAUGUUAUAAAUUACUCAAGAUAACAGCUGAAAAAAAUAACUGAAUAAAUGGCCAUUAUUGGCUUCCAUAAAGAAAAAGAAUACACUCAGUUUUGUUAUCUUAUUGAACGUCUAUGCGAAUGAAUGUUUUUCACUAAGAUAAAUGUCACUAAUAGAUGUCAAUGGGCUUGGAAUACUGUAUUUAUUCAUAUUUUUCUUUAUAUUUCAACCACAAUAAUUAACAUGUAUUUUUUCCCCCUUUUUUUUUAAGAAUAAUUUAAAAUAUUACUGGACAGAAUUUUGAAAGAAAAAUUUACUGAGCUAAGCAAUUUUCCAUUUUUUUUUCAAAGUAAAAUGUUCAGUCAAGUCCAGCAGUUUUGAUUUCCAUUUGUUUGAGUUAUAACAAAUUUCUUCUUUAUCAAAUACAAAAUGAAAAAAAAGUGUGAUUUUGGCAUUGUCCAUCGUCCAACCCAUUCUGUCAAUAUCAUUGUCAGUGUUGGUAUUGACCCUUUAACUCUUGUUAUUUCUAUUCUGUAGUGACUUUGCCAAUUUUUUUAGAAACACUGUCUUACCACAGUCAUUGAGUCUCAUUAACCCGUGUUGCCUUUUAAAACCCUUUAUCACCCUCUUGUGUUGCUACAAGGAAUGAUCCCUUCCUCUUUGAAUAAAAAAAAAGAAAUGCAAUUCAAUGACCCUACCACAAGGUGUCAUCCCAAUCGUGGGAGUUUGUGAUUGUAGCAAGGAGUGGGUUCAAGGGUGCGUGCUUUGCAAGAAGCCCGUGCGGAAAUUCAGGAGUGGUGGUCUACUAGUAUACACUGAACACACACACACACACACACACACACACACACACACACACACACACACACACACACACACAAAAGACAUUUUCUGAGUAGAGUGAACGUAGGAUGCUCUGGAUUUGGUUAACAGAUUUGUGGAGUGCUCUUGUUGAAGUCGGUGUGUGCUCUGACACUAAUGCUCUAACACUGACACUAAUUAGGCAUGUUUCUAUCUAUUAUAACCACUUCUGUGAGAUAGCGAUUAUGAAUGCACCAAGCUUAUACAACUCUAACAAAUGGAAUACAUUAUAAUUUGUGUGUCAUUCAUUCAUAUGUUUAUAUAGGCUACAGGUAGCACAAAUGUCUGAAUAAUCUAUUGAAGAUACUCCAGAAACUCCCUCUCAGUCCUGUGAUCUUCUAAAAUAACACAACCAAUUCAUCUUUGUAUUCCACUCAUAUAAUUAUACCUUGAUUAUUUACCCUAAGCACCAGCUUAUAUUUACUUCCUUCCUUAACAUUAACGUCAUGCAGCUACUGUACUUAUCAUUUUUCAAGGCCAAGAGUUCGUCAGAUGGCAUGUGACUGCAUGGCACUAAAGAUCACACAACACAAGGCCAGGAAUAACCUCAUACUUGGAGUCACACAAACAGUCAUAGACAUGCCUCACCCUUACACAGGGGUCAAGAUCUACAACAGAGAGAUGUUUUUUUUUUCUUUUUUUCUUUAAUUUUUGUGCAAUUGUAGGUAUUGUAGGUAAGAAAAAAAGACUCUGGUUAGCUAUGUGUAUGAGUAUCCACUGAGGAGAGAUGAGGCUGUACUCAGUGUAAGAAUAACACACACAAACAGGGAAACAGCAAAGCAGUAGCAGUGACAAGACAUUUGACUCGUGAAACAUGCGUAGGACAGUAGCAUGGCAUGUCUGUAUCGUAUUCCACCUUUCAACUCUCAAUCAUUUUUGGAUGUUUGAUAUUUUUUUCCAGAGGCUUGUUGACUGCUGCGGAUUGGACAGGUGGCAUAGCAUGGCGCAGAGCUGGCCAUUCACCAGCCAAUAAAAAUAGCUGUGGUCUCCAUGAUGUCACCGGUGAGUAAAUCAGAGCUCCUGAGUGCAGAAAGAGGAAUAAAAUGAGGGAAAGACAAGAGGUGCUGUAUUAUUUUUACAGUUUCAUGUUUCUCACCCUUGUCUUUUUUAUAGCCAAGCUAAUUUCUCACAUUUACUUGCUUUUCUAUCAAACAUGCACCAGUUUUUCCUCAGCCCUGUUCUCCCUUAUUUUACUGCAUGCUCAGUAGAAAGUAAAUUUGCAACAAGUAAGAUGUUAAAAGACUUGACAACAGAGGAUUGUGCUCCCAACUCCAAAACCCCAAACAGCUCUGCCAUCCCCAGCCAGUCACUCUUGCUGCAGUUGCCAGAAAGGGUGAACGAACUAAAGCCGGAGUCUGAUCUCACUCCCAUACCUGGCAUUCUGAAGCCACAACACCAUGCUACCGAUGUGGAACCCGAUCAGUCAUAA